GUAUGAUGUUGUCAUUAUUCAGAAGGAAUUUUAGGUUUUUACAAAUGUUUUGUGUCGCCACUGUCAAUAGCAACAAGAAAGUGGAGAAAAAGUUAUAAUCGCGGGCGGCUGGAAUCAAAAUCCUUCUACGUUUUAAAACGCGUGAUUUAGAAAGCGCGACAGUGGCUGCAACCCCAAUGCGUUGAUAGCAGUACGAACGGUGAGAAUUCAUACGUUUCGCUCGUCACCUUGACGCCAAUCUACCUGUGCAGUGAAAAUCGCGACUUGUGUGUUCCGUUCGCAUUCCAAUUGCACCUCAAUCUGCGGCCUCGAAUCUUUCAUGUGAAUUCUCGGAUCGAUUUUACACAGUGACCCGGUCAAAUAUGGAAAUAUCGUCGGAUCCCUACGAGCAGAAAUUAUAUCACAUGUUCAAGAGUUACGACACCGAUGCAGCGGGCACUUUGGAUGAGACGGCCUUGUUGAAGUUGUGCAAAUCGCUGGAGCUCCACGACCAAGGAAAUGGCUUGAUAAACGCACUGAUAAGUGAAAAAGUGUCGCGCGUUUCCUUCAAGGAUUUCAAGGAGGCCCUCCUGAACUUCCUGGGGACUGAGAUGGAGCCCAGACAAGAAAAAACACUAGUUUUCCAUGAAGAAGAGUAUUUACAUGGUGCACCGGAUUCGCCGGGUCGUGAAAUAUCACCAAAACUUGUCAUGGGGACAAAAAAAUACGGACGUCGUUCGAGACCACAAUCACUUGUUUCGGACUCCUCCCUGACGGAUUCCGAUACGGAAACAAUAGCCGUUGUACCUAAUAUGAAUAGCAAGGUGCAAAGGUCGUCAUCCCAGAGUGAAAUCCACGGGAUUGCUAGACGUCGACCGACAAGUGGAAGCAAACUGAAACGCUGCGCGUCCUUACCAGCUCAAAAACGGAGGACGCGUGAACAAAUGCAGAAGCAGCAGGAGUCAAUAGCGAAAAAUCAGUUGGCUAGCAGUGUCGAGUCAUUAGGAAAUUUAGAUUUUGAAAAUCUCUCACACACUCUGUUUGAAAUCUGGACGAAAUAUUGCAAUGAGUUGGGAACAGAUCUCCUCAAUCGUAAUGAACUAGCCACGGUUUGUGAGCGUGUUGGAUUGAACAAAGUGGCAGACAAAGUAGCCGAGGAGGUUUUUGAGAAAUUGAAUUUUGGCCCAAAUGAGAAAAUCAGUUUUGAUGAGUUCAUUGGAUUAAUACAAAGUGAUGCUGAUGGUGGCAUUGGUGGUGGUGGUAGCGGUGGCAGCAAUAAUUUUACUACUACUCCAGGUCCAACCAUCGAUCGUCAUUUUACCAUUAUGGAUUCCACAGCAAUUAUACUUAGAGGUGAUUUGUGCAACCGAAAGGAUUCUACUCCCACGGCUGAUAAAGAUUUGCAUGCAAAUAAAGAGAUGCCAUCUAAGACAAUGCCAACAUGUGACAUUAUUGAUUUAUGGGAAGCGGCAGGUAUUAUACAACCUAAAAAGUUGAUGUCAAGUCUUGGCUUCGAAGAGGAAAUUGUAUCGAUUUCGUUGCUCUCAAAUGCCCUCGAAGAAGAGCUCAGGACAUGCCCUAAUGAAUCGGAAAUGCUUCUUAAGGCAUCGCUGGUACUUCAUAAAACUGAAGUUGUUACCCUUAAGCAAGCGUUUAGGCAACUUAUGGAGGAGAAUAAGCAAAUCCGUACUGAUAAUCGGGACGUGAAUAAGAGAGCAGCUAUUCUUGCCCAAGAAAUAGAUGAACGGCAUGCAGCACUCGAAAGUACAACAAGGAAUGAGAUUCGUAUGCUGGAACAAAGACACGCAGAAGUCAUUCGCGAGCUCACCUCUCAACUAGCGAACGAUCGCGAAAAUUGGUCAAAUUUAAAUGCACGCCUCGAAUCUCGUAUAAAACAAUUAGAAUCUGAUGAAAUUAAGUACAAGUUAGACAUUCAAAAUUUACAAACAGAAAACAGUGCCUUAGAGACAGAACAAAUUGCGUUACAGAAGCAAGUGACCGAAUUAUUAGAAGCAAAUAUUAAACUGAAUAAUGAGAUCGUAGAUUUGGAAGAUAGACACAGAAAUGAUGAUGGCGACAAAGGUGAUAGGGAAAAAGAAGAAGUGUUGGACCUUAUUGAGAAAAUUACAUCACUACAAACGGAAAAUGCGAAUUUGCGGGAUAAAAACGAUGAAUUGGUAGCUGAAAUCGAGGGCCUAACUUUAGAGAUGAGCCGUUAUAAGAACAAAAAAUCAUCAUCACGAACAAAUCUGGAAUUGUCGAGCGAUAACCUUUCAGAUGACGCCGAGCAUUCUUCGUUGGCCGUGAAACGCCGAGGCGAUUCACCAAGUAAAACUCGAAUAACAGAAGAGAGCCCCCGUCUUGGGAAGUUACGAAAAUGCAGUAACGACAAUAGUGAAAACGAAGCUAGUGGAGAUUGGGUUGCUUUGAAUUCAGAGCUAGGUAGCACGAUCAGUUCCUCUACUAUCGGUGCUACGUCCUCAGGCUUUUCACAGGAUAUGUCGAGUGAAACUGAUACAAAAGAGGAUGAAAUUUUAAACCUUAAGGAUAAGAUUUCACAACUGGAAAAAGAGUUAUCCGACUUGAAGGUAUCAAAGAUCUCAACAAAUAGCGCUGGAAAAGGUACCCCUAAAUCAGAUGAUCAAGCUGAUUACCAGACCCGUUGCCAGGACCUUGAAAAUAGCCUAGAGCAAAUGCAAAAGGCAUACGAAGAAUGUGAAGACUAUUGGCAAUCGAAACUUGGUGAAGAGCGGGCUCUUUUCGAAAAGGAACGUCAAAUUUACGAGGAAGAACAGCAAGAAAGUGAUAAAAAGUUCGCCGAGUUAAUGGAUAAAGUGCGCGAAUACGAAGAGCAGUUUAGCAAAGACGGCCGUCUAUCACCAAUCGAUGAACGCGAUAAUCUUGAACAACAAUAUGCGGAUUUAGAGGCGGAAGCCGACGAGCUGCGAGAGAAUGCCAAGAAAAUAUUUGAAGAGAAGACCAAAGAAAUAAGUAAAUUGCAGGAACAAAUUUUGAAAUUGCAAGCAAAGCUUGGCGAUAAUAUUGAAGUAAGCGAACACAGAGUGAAACUUGAACCGUCCGAAUUAGGAAGUCCAGCUAGUUCGCCUAUAUGUUACCUCUGGAACCAAAGUACAAUACAAGCUCCAGCAAGAGAUUAUCAAAAUCCCAAUUGGAAUAGCAAGCCAAAGAAAGAGUCCAGGCUGGAUAACCUCACUACUUCAGAAACCGCAAUCUUCAGCACAGUGGAUGCUAAUGGCGAACCAAGCGAUAAAUUCAUUCCUCGCGUGUCACCCAUUCAGAAACCGAACACUCCGAAUAGACUUCAGCGUGAUGGCGACGAAACGGCAUCGAAUGCAUCGGUGCGAAGUUUUGAGAGCAGGAGUAUUGCUUCAACGCAUAGUGUGCACAAAUCAUCAAUUGGUGACUUAAGCGCUUGUCCAAGUCCGAAUGGAAUGAGAGAGGAAUUGAAACGACUGAAAAUGAUUGAAAUUCAGCUGAAAGAACAAAUAAAGGACUUAUCAUUGAGGCGAGAUGGUUUGGUGAUGGAACUGCAGCAGCUUCACGAAGCAAAGCCCGUCUUAGAGAAGGCAUAUGCACGUACCGUACAUCCGUCUUUACUUCAAAGGAUUAAUAAUUUGGAACAGAGAAAUCGUCAUCUGCAGACGAUUUUGCGACAGCAACAGCAGUAUUCAGAGUCACUCAUGCAUCAAGCAUGGCAACAACAAAGCUCGGAAAUUGUAGACUUAAAACACAAGUUGGAAACACAAAACAUGAUAAUUGCAGAACACGUUCAGCGACUUGCAAAUGCCGAUCUAUUAGUUAAAGACUUGUACGUCGAAAACUCACAUUUGGCAGCGAGCAUUCAACGGCUGGAGCAGCAGCGAAGCCGAGCUAAUCUCCUUCACCAACAUCAUCAAGGUCUAAGCGGAGUUCCUGGAUUGCCUUAAUAGUGUACUAGUUGGGUCAUUAAAUAAAGACUUUCAAUCGCCCGCUGUAAACUCUUUAUUGAUGACAUGUCCAUACAUGAUAAAUAGGUAUAGUGUUGAUGUGUGCUGAGAAGUAAGUAUACAAUUGGGCAAGCAAAAACUGUCCAAUGUUUAGAAUAUAAUGGUCUUACUUGUUAUUGUUUUCCAUAAGAUUAUAUUGAAGCAGUAAUUUAAAUUUGCUAAGUCUAAAAUGAAUGUUAUGUUGAUUGCUGGUUUUCGUUUUUGUUCAAAUUUAUUUAAUAUUUCUCUAAAUAUUUAUUUUUCCUUCCGCAAAAUAUUAACAAGUCUAGUGAAAUGUUAAGUAUGGAACAUAGGCAAAGAACACAAUGAUGUUUUAAAAUAUUACGAGAGUAUUAACACAACAAAACUAUAACUUAUUUAAACAUAUCUGCGAUAGGAGUGAAUUUCAAGGUGUAUUAAGGCAGCCACUAUUUUCCAAGUUUGCUUUCCAUCGCCACUGUGAAAAGUCAAUAAUAUUUAAAGAAUAAAGUUCUCAUGUUUACU